AAACUCUCAACAAAUGGCGAGUAACAAACACCCUUAAGCAUCUCGUCAUAAACGAAGUCCUCAAUUGCAAGGAGUUGAGCUAAGGAAGGACAUCCUCAACUCAAACAAACACAGCCGAUCAGUCUCUGGUGCUUCCCUUUUUCAGGUCAGUCAUUUGUCAGUCUUCAUUGUCUGGUGUUUAGUAAAAAGUAACAUGCUUUCACAUUAUUUUUGCCUUCAUCAAGCUUAAAAAGAAACAAAGUUGUAGCUGUGACUGACUGCAAUGCUCUCUCCUUCAACACUUUCGAAGGCAAUUCCCAAAUGGCUCAAUCUAAAAUCAUUCAUUUCUUCAGUAUCUUGCACUAAUGCCAUCCAAAUUAACCCAGAAAUCAAUCAAAACGCACCAAAUAUUACUGAUUUUGAUGCAAAGAUUCAAUCUUUGAGAAAUAAACUGUGCCCAGAUUACUUAAUCAAGGUUUUGAAAAGCACCAGUGAUAUUAACUCUGCUGUUAAGCUAUUCAAAUGGGCUUCCCUUCAAAGAAGGUUUAACCACACUGAUGAUACUUAUUAUUGGAUUAUUUUCAAGUUGGGCAUGGCUGAAAAUGUUGAGGAAAUGGAGGGGUUUUGUCAAAAUAUGGUGAAAGAUAGGUGCCCGGGUGUAGAAGAUGUUCUUCUUUCAUUGGUUGAUGCAUUUGUUAGAAAUUGUAGGCUUAAUGAAGCACUGCGUGUUCUUUUUAAUAUGAAUUUGGCUGGUAUUAAGCCUUCAAUUGAUGUGUUUAAUUUUGUAUUGGGCGCACUUGUGGAAGAGAAGAGAGGGUUUCAAGAUGUGGUUUUUGUUUAUAAGGAGAUGGUGAAAGCAGGAGUGGCACCUAGUAUUGAUACUUUGAAUUAUUUGCUGGAGGUUUUGUUUGAGACAGAUAGGGUUGAUUCUGCUUUGGAUCAAUAUAGGAGAAUAAACAAGAAAGGUUGUAUUCCUAAUAGUAGAACUUUUGAGAUAGUAAUAAAAGGUCUCAUUGCCAAAAAUAGAGUUGAUGAUUCAGUUACCAUUUUGCAUGAGAUGUUGGAACUCGGAUGCCUGCCUGAACUGAGAUUUUUUAGAUCUACAAUACUUUUGUUUUGUGGGGAAGAUAGACUGCAACAGGGGAUAAGGUUGUUUAGGAAGAUGAAAGAUUCUAAUUUUACCCCGGAUCCCUUUAUUUAUGGAGCUUUGAUACAAUGUUUGUGCAAGCACCUUAGGUUGGAUGAGGCAGCAAACCUUCUUGAAGAGAUGAUGGAAAGUCGGUUAACACCUGAUAAUAAUGUUUUUGUGGAUAUUGUAAAUGGGUUUUGUAAAUUAGGGAAGAUAAAUGAGGCUAUUAAGCUCUUGGAAGAUAAACAUGUGCACGUAACUUCUCCACACAAUGCAUUGCUCCGAUGUUGUUGUGAUGCUGAUAAAUUCUUCAUGGCCAAAGGUCUCCUUGAGAAGAUGUCUGAGAGAAAUAUCGAUGAUUGUGAUUCUUGGAACAUUCUUAUCAGAUGGCUUUGUGAGAAGGUGGGAGUGAUGAAUGCAUAUGAACUUCUAGGUAGAAUGAUUAUAUCUUCUUUGAUUCCUGACUGUGCCACAUAUUCCGCUCUUGUUGCUGGCAAUUGUAGAUUAAGCAAGUAUGAAGAUGCUCUACAGCUAUUUCUUCAGCUUCAUGCCAAGUUCUGGAUUUUAGAUCCUGCUUCUUACUCUGAGCUAAUUGAAGGACUGUGCAGGGGAGAAAAGUAUCUAGAAGCUGUUAAAGUGUUUUGCUACAUGUCUGAGAACAGAUGUUCUCUUCAGUCUUUGUCGUUUAAUAUGCUGAUCGAGGGUGUUUGUAACAUGGGAAUGCUUAAUGAAGCUGUCAGGCUACAAUUGUUGGGUUAUAAUUCUGGCACUUCUUGUUCCAAUGCUACAUGCAAUUAUAUAAUGCUUGGAUUGUCUAAAUCAGACAAGGGAAAACACAUGCUUGCUUUUCUCUCACAAAUGUUGGUUCAGGGUACCAAUCUUGAUAUGGAAGCAUAUUGCAUUUUGAUACAGAGCAUGAUUGCACAGAAACAAAUAAAGGAUUGCACUUUGUUUCUCAAUGUGAUGGUUAAUGAGGGCUUGGUACCUGAUUCAGACACAUUAUAUAAGCUACUGUCAUGUUUGGCCAAUCAUUCUCAGUUGUAUUUGAUAUCACUUUCACUUGAUAAACUUGUUUCUGACUGUGAAGUUCUAGAUUCAGCUAUGUAUAACAUACUUAUUAAUGGUCUGUGGAAAGAGGGCAACAAAAAUGAGGCUCAUCGACUGUUAGACUUGAUGCUGGAGAAGGGUUGGGUCCCAGAUUCUAUGACCCAUGGAUUGUUGAUUGGCUCUGGUAAUAGGGAGGGGACAGGUAAGGGGAAAUUGACAUAUAUUGAUAGCAUCAAAGAUAGUGUUAGUGACAUUCUAGUCGAGGGAUUGGGGGAAACAUGAAUCUGCAUUCACUGAAUGCCUUUUUUAAGGUGAAUGGAAUGCUAAGUACUUCCCCUUCCUUUCAUAUGUGGCAAUUCUGCCAAGACGUCUUUGUUAGUUGGAGGAAUAAUUUGCGAGCCACAUACUAGCUGAGGGAUUGGGUGUAACAUGAAUCUGCAUCCACUGAAUUUUGGAAAGAUAGAAGAUCUCAAUUUUUGACUCAUUGCUGAGCCCAAAUGGUCAGCCUGCAAAGUGUUGCAUGGCCUGCUUCUAUCAAUCACAAAUGUGGGUCACCUUUCCCAUCCAGAUGAGGGUGCCUUGGAAGGUGACUGCAAAUAGGAGAGAUGAUGGAUCUUUAGAGCUAGCAGGUUGCCAGAGCCUAAAUCUACAAUCACCACGAUUUUAAAAUUGCAUUUUUUUUGUUUCUAUUUCAGUUGAAUUUGUAGGGAUUGGUUCCUGUGAGGGUGUCAACACAGCAUAUGGAAGAAAAAUAGACUUGCCUACAAGCUAAAGAUAUUUUCUGUUCAGAAAUUCAUCUAACUUGCAUUCAAGCUCGAGGAUGCCCUCUUUCUCCUCUUAUCUCCAGCUUCUCGGAUCUUCAUGUCCAUUAGUUUGCAGGCGGUUCCAGAUGUAUUUGUAGCUAAAUUUGCUUGUUUAAAAUCUUCAGUUGGUUUCUUUUGAUCAGGUUCGGGUCUAUUUUUCUCAAUUCCUAAUGGACGGUUCACAGCAAAUUGAUUGCUCUUGGAAUUGGAAGGAAUUGUUUAAGCUCGGAAGUAUUAUGUGGGUCAAAGUAAAGUAGUACAAGUUUUUUUGGAGGCCAUUGCAUACCCCGUAAUUCAGAUUCAGCUUUAUCAACUGGCUAUCCAUUUUAGUAGACUCCCUACCAAGUACAGACAAUUGAAGAGGAGGAAGCAAUCAGUCCUAUUUGUGAUUAUGCAGCAGUACUAAUGAAUGUCGUGAUCACAUCUUCUUCUCUUGUGCUUUUACUAAAGGAGUAUGGCAGCAAGUUUAGCUCUGACCAAGAUAAACAGAGAGGUGGGGGGGACUGAAAUUCUGAAUCAAGUUGUCUCAUUCAAUCUCGGCAGAAUUUUUUUAUUUUUUAUUUUUGGCUUUAAGCUGCUGUGACAUGUUUGGAAAACCAGAAAUAACACGAUUCACAAAGCUGGAGAUUUUUCAGGAGA